AGGAGGUGCAAGCACUGCUGAAGGAGCUGCGAGACACCCGGGAGAAGCCGUUUGACCCCACGUACCUGCUGAGCUGCGCUGUGUCCAACAUCAUCUGCUCCAUCGUGUUCGGGAACCGCUUCGACUAUCGUGACAGUGUACGACAUGGCAGAGACGCUGAUGCAGCAUAUGCCGGGUCCGCACCGGCGCAUCCCUGUGAUGCUGGGGCGGAUGCGCAGAUUCAUCGCCCGGAGGAUGAGAGACAAUGCGGCCACGCUGCAGCCCAGGGCCCCCCGCGACUUCAUCGACUGCUUCCUGCAGCACAUGGAGAAGGAAAAGUCAAACCUCUCCUCGGAGUUCAUGCUGGAGAAGCUGGAGCUCACCACCCUCAACCUUUUCUUUGCCGGCACCGAGACUGUCAGCUCCACCCUACGCUAUGGCUUCCUCAUGCUUAUGAAGCACCCGCACGUCCAGGAGAAGGUGCACGAGGAGAUCGACCAGGUGAUCGGCCGCGACCGGGCGCCCACUCUGGAGGACCGGGGACGGAUGCCAUACACGGAUGCCGUGAUCCACGAGAUCCAGCGCUGCAGCGACCUCAUCCCCCUCAACGUCCCCCACCGUGUCACCCGCGACAUCGUCUUCCGUGGCUACUUCAUCCCCAAGGACACUGACGUGUACCCUCUGCUCAGCUCCGUCCUGCAUGACCCCUCCGUCUUCAAACACCCCAAUGCCUUCGACCCCAUGAAUUUUGUGGACGAGAGUGGCCGCUUCAAGCGCAAUGAUGCCUUUGUCCCCUUCUCCUCAGGUAGCCCCGGCACUGAGGGUGAGGGCCCUGCACCCCUGGCUCCCCAUGACCCCCUUGUGUCCCCGCAGGGAAGCGGCUGUGCCUGGGUGAGGGUCUGGCAAGGAUGGAGCUGUUCCUGUUCCUCUGCACCAUCCUGCAGAACCUGUGACUGCAGCCACUGCAGCCCCAGGAACAGCUGUCGCUGGAACCACUGGUGUUCGGCUUCACCAAAACCCCCCCCGUCUACCAGCUGCGCAUGGUGCCGUGCUGACCCCCUCCCACACCGAGACCUCCCCAGACCAGGAACAUCCUCCCCCCAGCACCCAGACUGCCCCACACACACACUGAGACCCCCUCCAGGACUGGGAAAUCCCCCUGUUAUUGGGAAGCCCCCAGCACCAGGACCCCCUGGUACAGGGAGCCCCGCAGUACUGGAAACCCUUCCUGGUACUGGGACCCCCCUAACAUUGAGAACCCCUGCAUCAGGACCCCCCCAGCACCAAGACCUCCCCCAGCAUUGGGACACCACCCAGGUACCAGGAUUCCUCCAGCACCAUGAACCCCUUGCAGCACUGGGACCCCCCCAGCAUUAGGAACUCCCCUGGGCACCAAGACCCCCCUUGCACCAGGAACCUCCUCCCAGCACUAGGACCCCCACAGCACUGGAAUCCCCCUUCAGCAUUCAGACCACCCCAGCACCAGGACCUCGUAGUACAGAAACCCUCAGCACUGGGAACCACCCCCUGGGACCUCGACCUCCCCUGGAACCAGGACAUCCCCCGAGCAUUGCAAACACCCCCAGCACUGGGACCUCACUGGCACCCAGGUCCCCUGGCACAGGGACCUCCCGAGCACCAGGAAUCCCUCUUGCACCAGGACCCUCCCUCAGCAUUGAGAACUCCCCAGCACUGGGAUCCCCCAGCAUCGGGACCCUCCAGCAGUAGGACCCCCUGACAUUUGGAACUCCAUCCCAGCACUGAAAACCCCUCUCCACCAUUGUGACACCACCCCCCCCGAGACACAGCAGGAACCCCUCCUGGCACCAGGACCCCCAGUACCGGGAACGCACUCUGGUACUGGGACCCAUACCCCUGCACUGGGAAUCCCCCAGGACCCCCUCCAAGCAUUGAGCCCCCCAUAAAGUCUCUCGUGAACUCAGCAUCUGUGUCAUCACCGGGGGGACACAGGGGACCCUGAUCAUAAUUCUGGGGGGACAUGGGGUGGGGGGCACAGAACCUGCCUUCCCCAAGAACCUAGUGGGGUGCAGAGCUGUGCAAAACCCUGAAGGAAUGUGCAAGGCCCUGAGCAAGUGUGCAGGGAACGUGCAACGAGAGUGCAAAGCCAUGCAGAGCCGUGCACAGCCGUGCAAAGCACCCAGCCAAGCAUACAGAGCUGUGCAAAUACCUGAGCAAGUGUGCAGGGAGUGUGCAGUUGUGCAAAGCCCCAGUGAGUGUGCAAAGCCAUGCAGAGCUGUGCACAUCCCCAAGCUGAGUGUGCAGAUACAUGCAAAGCCCUGAGUGAGUGUGCACAGAGCAUGCAAAUCCCCAAAUGAGUGUGCAAAGCCCCAAGUGAACAUGCAAAGCCCUGAGUGUAUGCAGAACGUACCCCUGAAACCCAGUGUGUCCUCACCCUGUUCCCCCUCGGCUUCAUCCGACUCAUUAGCUCUGUCCUCAUUAAUCAACCCCAAUUAAUCCUUGAUGCUUGAUUGCACAAUGUCCUGGAUUAUUAAUUACCCAACACACAUAGUGAUUAAUCAUUAUUAAUCAUUAAUUCCACAACAUUCUCAAUUAACAAUCAACAACUGCAUUAUGAGCCUUGUCAUCAACUAUUAAUUGCCUGAUGCUCUUCAUUAAUGCUCAUUAAUUUUCUACACAUCAUUGAUUAUGGAUCGCCCAACAUGCUUCAUCGUUAAUUACUGCUUGCAUCAGUUCUGAUUAAUUGCAAGGUGUGCUUAAUUAGUGGCAAUCGAUCACCAGACAUGCUUAAUCAUCAAUUAUUGACAGCACUGUGUUUAAUUAUUGACAAUUGUGCUGCUAAUUGCACAAUGUCCUUUGCCCUUGCGUAUCAAUUUCUGGUUAAUCAUUGUUUACCCCAGUUAAUGAUGGGGGGCAGGGUUAAUGACUGACCACAGGAUCACAGAAUCCUUUCAGUUGGAAGAAACCCCCAGGAUCACCAAGUCCAACCAUUAACCCAGCCCUGGGGCUGCCCCAUGUCCUGAGAACCUCAUAUCCAUCUGUCCAGCCCUCCAGGGAUGAUGACUGCAGCAGUGCCCUGGGCAGCCUGUUCCAAUGCCCCACAGCCCUUUGGGGAAGAAAUUGUUCCCAGAUCCAACCUUAACCUCCCCUGGUGCAACUUGAGGCUGUUUCCUCUGCUCCUGGCUCUUGUUCCUGGGGAGCAGAGCCUGACCCCCCCUGGCUCCAAGCUCCUUUCAGGCAGUUCAGAGAUCAGAAGGUCUCCCCUCAGCUCCUGUUCUCCAGCUGAACCCCCCAGGUCCCUCAGCCGCUCCCAUCACACUUGUGCUCCAGCCCCUCAGCAGCUCCGUUCCCUUCUCUCCACUCGCUCCAGCACCUCAAGCCCUUUCUUGGCGUGAGGGGUCCAGAACUGCCCCCAGGAUUGGCGGUUUGGCCUCCCCAGGUCCCAGCACAGGGACGGUCACUGACCUGAAACUGCUGGCCACACCAGUGCUGAUACCAGCCAGGAUGCUGAUGGCCUCUUGGCCACCUGGGCACACGCUGGCUCAUGUUCAGCUGCUGUUGACCAAACAAAUGUGUUGCUUGAAAAGUGAGUUGUGUUUGUUCCAUCUAGAAUUUCUCACCUAUCAUGUAUUUGUUAUUCAGGAGCAUCCUAAUAUUCCUAAGUCACGUGAAAUACUGAGAAAACACAGAGCACAAACUUCAUCAUAACACUUUGUGCUGUUAUCUCCUAGAAUGUGCAGAGCUGAGCUGACAUGCGAGAUCAUGUCAACUUGAGAGAGGUUCAGCUGAAAUAACGCUUCCUAAGUUUCAUAAAGUGUUUUUGGGGGGGAAGUGGGGUGGUGGCGCAUGGAACUCAAAGUGCUCGUUUGACAUCUAAUGGAGAAAUGUUGCGAACAAACAGUAGUUUUCUACUAAAGAUAAUAUUGUUUCUGCCUGUUAAUUUCUAUGUUUUGAUUGUAGAUGCCAAUAGCUUUCUCACUGGUUCCUCAAGAAAUAAUCUUGGAAUCUCUUGCAUACAGCCAGUUGAACAGCUUGUCAGAGGAAAUACAGUAAAAUGAGCACACUCUGAUUAAAAAAAAAGGUUUCAUACAAGUUCAUCAUAGUUUUACUUCUCUAGUAAUACCAUUUAGAAGAAAGAUUUCAAUCAGUACAGAUAAUGCCACAUUGUGCGUCUAGUGUUGCAAACAUCGACACUGAGCAUUUAUUAUUCUGUUA